AUAACCACAGUCUCAAGGCGCAGCUUGGGGGAUAAACAUGUCGCUUCUCUUUUUGCUGCAUUUCUGCAGUUUCUCCCUGGUUUCAGCAAACUGUUUCACUGAAAAUUCAGUUAUUGGUAUAAGGCAAACUCCAAAAUUUGCUGUAGUUCUGCCAGGAGGAUCUGUCAGUAUUACGUGCCAAGUCACGUCGGAAAAGGAUAUCCAUGGGGUGCAUCUACUGAGGCGUUUCAGGAAAAUAAUGUAUACCAAUAAAACCAAUACAACCAGCAAGGAACCAGAUUACAACCAAAGUCUGUUAUUGUCGGGGUGGAGUCGGGAUUUUACAGUGACGCUAACAAAUCUGACGGCGGAUGACACGGAUAUUUACAUGUGUGACGCAGAUCCGACCGAUUCGUAUAGAAAACUCUGUGGAGGUGGGACUUUUAUCUCAGUGCUUUCUGCAGCCGAAUGCCCCGGUAUAGGUAAAGAACAAGAACAAUCAAGAAACGAAGUUCUUCUUCCCAUCUAUAUUGCGGUUAUUGCUGUCCUGUGCCUGCCCCUUCUGCUGCUGGCAAUAUACAAGAUUUAUGGGAUUCAGCUGAAGAAAGCCACACAAAAACUGCCCCAGAACUCUGUAUACGUGGACAUGACACUGACCAGAAGGAACACGAUGAGCAACUCCAACGCUUACAAUACUGGGUUAUUGGCUUAAUGCACUUACUUUACUCCUCUGAGCAACGCAUACGGCAUAUGAGCUGUGUCCUUAUUACAUUUCAUGGAUUUUAAAUUCAGUUUACAAAAAGAAGCCUCAUUGGGCAGCAGCUUUUGUGAUUUAGCACUUACAAGGAAUUCUAAGCAGCCCUCUUAACCAUCUAUUAAGUCUAAUGGAUAUCCAUAACUGGAUAUGAAAAUGUAGCACAAACUAAAACAUUUCAGUUUUCAGAAUUAAACACAUUUCCAGGCCACAGUUCCCUUCCCUUCUUCAGGUUUGGUAACGCACAAAAGCAGGUUCUGCCAUGCAUUUUUGUAGAAUGUAAAUAAAUGAAAUUGCAAAUAUUACCAGGAGUACAAGGGAUGAAAUAGUCCGUACA